AUGUCCCUACUGCGACUGUGGACCCCACGGGUCCUUCUCACGGUGCAAUUGUUGUGGCUGCUGAUACAGGCAGCUCCUGUUUGGAGGUGGCCCCGGGACACGGUCCAGCCUACCUCCGAAUCUCCAGGGCCGAAAGAGCCCUGGUCUUCCCUCUCUUCCGAUCUCUCACCCGAAUCCCCUCAUGUGCCUACACCCCCAGCAGAUCCUGGGGACUUUGAUUACCUGGGGUCUUCUGCUCCUUCCCACUUGUUGGCUUCACCUCAGGAGUUGCCUGAGAAUUUGGCUCCAUUCCUGGACAGGGAUUCAGCUCAAGAGCUACUUCAAGGGCCAGAUAGGCUUACUAUUCUACGUCGUCGGCUUCUGAGGAAUAAGCUAAGGAGACGACGAAGGCUUCCAGAGGUGGUUCCAACGCCCGGCUGGGAUCAGAAUCAAGUCCUGCGUCCUCAACUCAUAAGGAAGAUUCAAACUGUAAGUCCAGAUGAAGUUACAGGUCACCAGGCAUUUGAAAUACUUGUUCCACCUCUAGAUAGUCACAGUUCAAAACCAACAACAUUCAUUGUUUCACCAAAGAACCUAAAGGAAGAUCUAGCUCAACAUCCACAGCUCACUAAAGUUGUUGUUGGAGCUCUAGACCAAUUUGAAUCAAAAUCUCAGUCUUACAAACAAAUUCUGCAGAAUGACGAUUAUACAGAUCAAAGUAUGGAUUUACUUUACCCUGGCAGCAUACCUCUGGGAUUUGCGAGAAACCCAGAGGUGGCUCAAGACACCCCUGCACAAGGUGAACUUUCUCAGUUCAAUGUAAAAGAUGAAAGUCGAAAUCCAGAGACCCCUGAGAAGAUCCCAUCCUCUUUACUCCAUCAAGAAACCCUAGAAGAGUACCAUGAGGAAGUAGAACCUUUAACUGAGCAGCAGGCCCCACAGCCUUUUGAGCAGGUAGAACCUUCUUUAACAGAGCAGGAGGCCUCAGCUCAGCAGGCAACUAAUACUGAAGAGGAUGUGUCUCAGCCAGUGAUACAUCAUGAGGUAAAUGUUCCAUCUCCAACUCGGGCUGAAAUUUAUCAUUCAGUCUUGCCCAAAGUCACAGUUAAACCUGUAGAUCUGGAGCUUACACUAACUUCAGAGCCAAGUAACAACAUUGAACCUACUUUAAGCCAGCAGCAGGCCCCAGCUCAGCCUCCAGAGCGCCCUGAAGAGGCUGAACCUUCUCAAAUCCAGCAGGAGGUCACAGCUCAAGCUCCAGAGUCCCCCAUGGAGAAUAUAGUUCAAACUCCACCUAAUCAUGAGGUGACAGUUCAACCUCCAGGUGAGGAUCAACCUCAUCUUUAUUACUUGCCCAAUGUUACAGUUAAACCUCCAGAUGUGGAGGUUACCAUAACUUCAGAGCCUACCAAAGAGGCUGAAUCUUCUUUAACCCAGCAGGAGAUCCCAACUCAGCCUCCAGAGCAUCCUGAGGAGGCGAAACCUUCUGCCACCCAGGAGGAGAUCCCAACUCAGCCUCCAGAGCAUCCUGAGGAGGUGAAACCUUCUGCCACCCAGGAGGAGAACCCAACUUCUUUAACCCAGCAGGAGACCCCAACUCAGCCUCCAGAGCAUCAUGAAGUAACAGUUUCACCUCCAGAGCACCAUCAAACUCAACAUUCAAACUUGCCCAAUGACAUUGUUAGGCCUGCAGAUGUGCAGGUCACCAUAUCAGGAGAGCCUACUGCAGAGGCUACAGAUCAGCUCUCAGUGCCAAUCAGUGAUAUGGAACCUUCUGUAACCCAGCAAGAGGCCCCACCUCUGUCUCUAGAACCUUCUGAAGAGGUUGAACCUUCAGAUCAUGUGGUUACCCCGACUCCAGAAGUCACUAAUGAGGUUGACAUUUCAUCCCAACUGGAGGCUCCAGUGCCCCCUCAGCAGUUUGAACCUUUGAAAGGCCAACAGCAGCCAAAUGUCCCUGGAAAGGAUGAACAUUCUCCAAUCCAUCAAGGAGUCCCAAUUCAGCCUGAGGAGCUUCCUGAGGAACCAUCUUCAGGCCAGCAAGGAAUAUCACCAAUUUCUCAACAACCCACUGUGAGUGUUGAACCUUCACUGUUCCACACACCUAAGCCUCCAGGAUUCUCUACAAUGGCUGAACAUUCAUUGUCAGAUGAGGUAUUUUCACCUCUAGAUCUGUCUACAAUUUUCAGAAGUCUUUCAACAUUGCCUGCCACCACAGUUAAACAUGUGGAUUUGGAGGUUACUGUAUCUACAGAGCCCACUUCUAAAGGCGAAUCUUCCUCAACGCAGUGGGAAGAUGCCACUCUGCCUGCAGUUCCCACUGAACAGGGUGAAUUUUUGCCAACCCAGUCUGAUCCCCUUUCCCUACCUCCAGAUCCCCCUGAAGUGUUUGCAUCUUCUCUAGUCCAGCAAGAGGCUGUGGCUCAGACUCCAGAUCCCCCUAAGGAGCUAGAACUUUCUUCAGUCCAACAGGAGGCCCCAGCUGAGGCACCAGAGCCCCUUAAGGAAGUUGGACCAUCUGGGAGCUAUCAGGAAGCCUUAGGUCGUCCUCCGAAGUCCACUGAAGAGGUCAGACCUUUUCCAACAGAGCAGGAGUCUCCAGCUCAGCCUCUAGAGCUCCCUAAGGAGGUUAUGGCUCAACCUCCAAUGAAUUAUGAGAUGAUGGUUCCAACACCAGGUCUAGAUCAAGCUCACUAUCCAGCAUUGCCCAGGGUCACACUUCAACCUUUGGACCUUGGGAUUACCAUAACUCCAGAAGUCACCACAGGGGUUGAACAUUCUUCAUUCAUGCAGGAGAUGCCAUCUCAACCUCCAGAGCUACCUAAGGAAGUUGUGGCUCAACCCCAACUAUAUCAGGCGGUAACAGUUCCAACACAAGGUCAGGAUCAAGCUCAGUAUCCAACAUCACCCAGUGAAACAUUUCAAUCUUUGGACCUGGGAAUUACUGUAACUCCAGAACCCACUGUGGAGGCUGAAUAUUCUACAGCUCCAAUGACUACAGUUCCUCCAAGGCUCCCUGAGGUGACACUUGCACAUCCCAAUCAGGUUCAGGCUGAAAAUCCAAAUCCACUUCAGCCUGUGGACCUGGAGCUUUCCAUAACUCCAGAACCCACUACGGACAUUGAACUUUCUCCAAUCAUGCAGGAAACCACAUCUCAACCUCCAGAGCCACCUAAGGAAGUUGUAGCUCAACCCCCAGUACACAUAGAGGUGACACUUCCAACACAAAGUCAGGAUCAAGCUCAGCCUCCAGCAUUACCCAUUAUCACACUUCCGACUUUAGGCCCAAUAUUUUCCAUAACUACAGAACCCACUGUGGAAGUCGAACAUCCCAUAACCCUGACGGAGACUCCACCUCCUCCUAAGUUCCCUGAGGUGACCUUUCCACUUCCCAACCAGGUUCAGGUUCAGAAUACAAAAGUGACUGAAGGUCCAGUUCCAUCUUAUGUUGUGGAACCAACCUCACCUCCAGGGUCCAAUACAGAGGUUGAACCUUCUCCAUCUGUGCAGACGACCCCAACUCAGCCUCCAGAGCCACCUAAGGAACUUGUAGUACAACUACCAAUAUAUCAAGAGGUGACACCUCCAAACCAAGGUCAGGAUCAAGCUCAACAUUCAACAUCUCCCAGUGCCUCAGGUAAAAAUUUGGAACUGAGGCUUCUCAUAACACCAGUGUCCACUACAGAGGUUGAACCUUCUACAGCUCAGAUAAGUACUGCUCCUUCUUUAAAGCUUCCUGAGGUGACGCCUCCACAUCCAGACCAAAUUCAGACUUGGCAGCCAAACCUGACCGAGGUCACAACUAAACCUUUGGACCAGGAAUCUACUGUAACUCCAGAACACACCAUGGAGGUUAAACCUCCAAACAUGCCAGAGACCCCAACUCAGCCUCCAGAGCCACCUAAGGAAGUUGUAAUUCGACCCCCAGUAUAUCAAGAGGUGACACUUUCAACACCAGGUCAGGAUGAAGCUCAGCAUUCAACAUCGCCCAUAGUUACGGGGCUUUCCAUAACUCCAGUGUCCACUACAGAGGCUGAACCUUCUACAGUCCUAACAAGCACAGAUUCUUCUUCAGAGCAUCCUGAGCAUCUUGAUGUGACACUUCCACAUCUAGACCAGAUGGAGACUCAGCAGACAAACCCAGCUGAGGUCACAGUUAAGCUUUUGGACCAGGAACUUACCAUGACUUCGGAACAAACUAGAGAGGUUAAACCUUCUCCAACCAUGCAAGCGACUCCAACUCAACCUCUAGAGGUACCAAGGGAUGUAGUAGCUCCAGCCUAUUAUGAAAUAACAGUUCCAACACCGGGUCAGGAUCAAGCCCAGCAUACAACAUCCCCUGGUGUCACGAUCACAGUUUUACCUUUGAGCCUGGAAUUUGUUGUAACUUCAGCAACUACAUCAGAGGUUGAACAUCCUGUGGCUCUGGAAACGAUGGCAGCUCCCCAUCCAGACCAGAUUCAGACUCAGCCUCCAAUCCCGACUGAAGUUACAAUUCAAAUAUCCGACUCGGACAUUACCGUAACUCAAAAUUCGUUGCCAAAUUACAACAUGGAACAAGAGAUUGCCAAUAUCAACACCGACAUGAACACCAGCAUAUGUGACCUCUGUACCUGCAGAGAUGAGACACUGUCGUGUGUUGGUCUCAGCCCAGAGAAGAGACUCCGCCGAGUGCCUGUGCAGGAGCCUGAAGCCUAUAAUGGUACCUUCACCGUCUUAAAUUUCCAAGGAAAUGCUAUUUCUUACAUUGAUGAGAAUGUAUGGAAAUCAUACCGUUGGACUGAGAAAUUAAUUCUCAGUGAAAAUCAUUUGACCGAAUUACAUAAAGAUUCAUUUGAAGGCCUGCUAUCCCUCCAGUAUUUGUGUAUUUUUAAUUCAAUUGCAUUUUUCAGAAUUCUCAAUCGUAAUCCUCUGACAACUGUUGAAGAUUCAUAUCUUUAUAAAUUGCCAGCAUUAAAAUAUCUAGACAUGGGAACAACACAAGCCCCACUUACAACAGUCGAGAACAUCCUCAUGACAACUCUUGAGUUGGAAAAACUGAUCUUACCUAGCCAUAUGGCCUGCUGCCUCUGCCAAUUUAAAAAUAAUAUUGAGGUUGUCUGCAAGACAGUGAAGCUACAUUGUGAUGCAUGUAUAGGAAACAGCACAGAAGAUUGUUUUGAAGAAGCAAGUGUAGGAAAUGCGGAGGGAGCGCUCAUGAAGGUAUUACAGGCUCGGAAGAAGCACACGAGCACCGAGCUGACCAUUGAGCCAGAGGUAUCCGCAAAUAAAAAUGGCGUCGGCUUGUCAGGCUUCACGAGUGACCAGAUGGACUUCAAUGAUGAAAGCGAUGUCAUUAGUGCACUUAAUUACAUAUUGCCUUAUUUCUCAGAGGGAAAUCUAGAAGAUGUAGAAUCAACAUUAUUACCAUUCAUUAAACUGCUUUUCUCAAAUGUGCAGGAAGGAGAGAAGCCCCUAAGUCAUAUGAAAAACAAUACAAAGGCUCAGCCUCUUGAACCUGGAGCCAGCAAUUCAGCUUACAAAAAUAAACUGAGGAAGCUCUAUUUCCUGGAAAAUUUGUUAGAUGCAGAAAUUCAAGAAAAAAUCGAUGAGGUUAAAAAGAAAGAAAAAUCUGCCAUGCUUAUGCAGUCUGGCCUUUUAGGUCCCAAACUUAAACGCCAAAUCUUUCCCAAAAAAGUGGCAACUGCUGAAUCACAGGAAAAUAGCCUGACAGAGAGUGAGAGUGGAGACAGGGGGCUGAAGAAAGUGACGCUAUUCCUCAAAGGGCCCAAGCUCCUACGGAGAAAGCUCUUACAGGAGGCAAGAAUCAAGAGGAAACAGGGUACCUGGCCGACAGCGAAGAAAGUGGCCGAAGAAAGAACGCUUGGGAAACCAAUCCCGAGUGAAAUGACACAGUUUGACGUGGUGCAGAGGCCUCGGAAGUUUGUGGGAAGCUCCUUCCACACCGAGCCUUCCUUCACGCAGACGCACAAGGCUGCGGUCUCUUCUUUCUUCAAACAGUAUAUUGGCAUGCCUUCUACUUCUGCCACCUCAAAAUCCCUACCUGAGGUUAAAAAACAAUCAAAAGACAUGAGCGACACCAUUUUUGUUUUAGAAGAUGCAAAUGCUAGAGUUAAAAGUAUGGAAGCUGGUAAACCAAUUGUACAUUCUAGAAGAAAAUACCGCUUUCAUAAACCUCAUUCCCAUGUGGCCCACAGAACACCUGCGGCCAAACUAAGUGAAAAGUUUAGAAAAGAAACAGUGUUCCAUGGACAGAUGCCUGUAAAGCGGCCUCCAUUCUCUGCAGUAAGGAGCCUUAUAAAUUCCCCGUCACAUGGGGUUUUUCCACCUUCAGAAGAGCUGAGUCCUCAGGAGAAUCCUUUUCCAGAAUCACUUGCUCCUUCAGAAUCUGUUACAGAAAUCACUACUGUAUCCCCUCUAGGAAAUGGUAUUGAAGAAAACAGUUUUAUGGAAAACACUGCUAUACCUGAAGAAACUAUCUCUGAAAGUACAAAUGAUAAGAAUCCUUCCACUAUAGAUUCCACUGGGACUGCGUUCUUAAUACCGACUGUUAAACAAAUCAAUGAAACUCUGUGGGAAUACCACAACACGGGCACUGACUUACCCAACAUGGAAAAAAGCUUCACUUACCCAUUGCUCGCGUCCCCGGGUGAUCAAUUUGAAAUGCAGCUAAACCAGCAGCUCCGAUCCCUCAUCCCCAACAACGACGUGAGAAGGCUCAUUUCUCACGUUAUCUGGACUUUGAAAAUGGACUGCUCUGAGACCCAUGUGCAACUGGCCUGUGCCAAGCUCAUCUCUAGAACAGGUCUCCUGAUGAAGCUUCUGAGUGAGCAGCAAGAAGUAAAAGUAUCCAAGGCAGAAUGGGAUACAGAUCAGUGGAAGACUGAGAACUACAUCAACGAGAGCACAGAAGCCCAGGCUGAACAGAAAGAGCAGGAGUCAAGUGAGCUCACUAAAGGAGUUCCAGGAUAUGGCUAUAACAACAAACUCAUCUUGGCAAUAUCUGUGACUGUAAUAGUGAUGAUUUUGAUUAUAAUUUUCUGUCUUAUUGAGAUUUAUUCUCAUAGAAGAGCAGCAAGGACAGAUGUAGAAUCAGGCUCAGUCCCAAGGAGUGAGGAAACUGCCAGAGGCAGGAAGAAUACUUACCUGCCUUAUUCAGGAUUCCAGGUCCAUAAUGAUGUUGCCCACUGUGAUUAUGGACCGAACCACAGAUUUAGUCCCAAUAAAACGAGAGGUGUACAUCGUGGGAGACCUGGGAAAUGGCAGGAAUCACUAAUUGUCUCGUGUGUGUGUUUUUUCCCAAGGGGCUUUUUUGACUUUCUGCAUAGGAGAUGCUCAUCGCAGAGUGAAAGCCAGGAGGGCUUUUUCUGGUUAAGGUGUCCACUUUGGCUUAGGGAUAUGUACAGACCUCUCAAUGCCACACGCAAGAAAAACAUGGCCUAGAAGCUUCACGACAAGGAGUCUUCUGAUGAGGAAGAGAUUUACAAGAGGGAUGCAGGGGAGCGCAUAUCAACAGCAACACCUGUGGAUUCGGCUGCUGAAGGUGGUGAAGAAAGUGAGACCGCGCCAGAAGGGGAGGAUGAAGAGUGA